CGACGUAGUUAGUUUAGUUCGACACGGCUCCCAAAGUCCCAAGCUGCCAAGCUCAGUCAGUUCCCUUUCAGUCAGCGACCCGGUCGCAAGUUGUUGGUUUAGUUGGUCACUUGUUCGGUGUUAGUUAGAAAGUACAUUUCCGGCAAGGCAGAAAAAUGGCUUUAGUGAGACUUCUGGCGUUUGAGGGUCGCAAUGCGCUGCAGCGCACUUACAGCACGGCAUCCGUGCCGACGACCAAGAUGUUCAUCGAUGGCAAAUUCGUCGAAUCGAAAGCUACCGAGUGGAUCGAUCUGCACGAUCCGGCUACCAACGAGGUCGUAACCCGUGUGCCCAAGUGUACCCAGGCCGAAAUGGAAUCCGCCGUGGAGUCCUCGAAAAAGGCUUUCAAGACUUGGAGCCAAACUUCCAUCCUCGGCAGACAGCAGGUGAUGUUCAAGCUGCAGCACAUUAUUCGCAACAACAUGUCUGAAAUCGCGAAGAAUAUCACCAAAGAACAAGGCAAGACCCUGGUCGACGCCGAAGGCGACGUUCUGCGUGGAUUACAGGUUGUCGAGCACUGCUGCAGCAUAACAUCGUUACAGAUGGGUGAAACGGUUUCAAACAUUGCCAAGGAUAUGGACACCUACUCGUACACACUGCCUCUGGGUGUGACGGCUGGAAUUUGUCCCUUCAACUUCCCAGCUAUGAUUCCUCUGUGGAUGUUCCCGGUUGCCAUCACGACCGGCAACACCAGUAUCAUCAAGCCGUCGGAGCGCGUCCCCGGUGCCACGAUGAUGCUUAUGGAGAUGCUCAACGAAGCUGGUUGCCCACCGGGAGUGGUAAACGUUAUUCACGGAGCGCACGAUGCAGUCAAUUUCAUCUGUGAUCAUCCAGCAAUCAAGGCCGUGUCGUUUGUUGGCUCUGACCAAGCCGGCAAGUACAUCUACGAGCGCGCUGGACGCAACGGUAAACGUGUUCAGUCGAACAUGGGCGCCAAGAAUCACGGUGUCGUGAUGGCUGAUGCAAACAAGGAAAACACGCUGAACCAGCUGGCUGGAGCCGCCUUCGGCGCAGCCGGCCAGAGAUGUAUGGCCCUAUCGACGGCUGUCUUUGUGGGCGAAGCCAAGAACUGGAUCCCCGACUUAGUCGAUCGUGCCAGAAAGCUAAGGGUAAAUGCCGGCCACGUACCUGGAACUGACUUGGGUCCGGUCAUUUCCCCUCAAUCCAAGCAAAGAAUUAACGAACUGGUUGAAUCUGGUGUGAAGGAAGGUGCUAAACUGGUCCUGGACGGUCGUGAUAUUAAGGUAGAUAACUUCGAAAAGGGUAACUUCGUUGGACCGACCAUCCUGACAGAUGUAAAACCAAACAUGAAAUGCUACACUGAGGAAAUCUUCGGCCCAGUUCUGGUUUGCCUGACCGCAGACACUCUGGACGAGGCAGUCGAAAUGAUCAACAGCAACCCGUACGGCAAUGGAACCGCUAUCUUCACGACAAACGGUGCCACCGCCCGAAAGUUCGUGAACGAAAUCGACGUCGGCCAGGUUGGUGUCAACGUACCGAUCCCGGUUCCUCUUCCGAUGUUCUCGUUCACCGGCACGCGAGGCAGCUUCCAGGGUGAUUGCCACUUCUACGGCAAGCAAGGUAUUAAAUUCUACACCCAAACGAAAACCGUUACGCAACUGUGGCGCGAAGGAGACGUUUCGCACUCCAAAGCCGCCGUCGCUAUGCCGACCAUGAAGUAAUUCGGGCGUCCAGGAGCGACGAACGAGACUGACAGACAGGGUUUACGUCUUCCGAGCAAUGUGUGCAUUUAGUAGUUUUACGCUGGUCCAUACGAGAUUCAAACAUACGCAUUUACAAUAUUUGAUAUUGGUUUUUAAUAAAUCAUUAGCUUUACUGUUUUCCUUCUA